AUGUAUCUCGCCAGCUUUGUUGUUGCUGCUCUUAUGAGCGUGGCUGGGGCUAGUCCCAUCAAAAGCAUCAAAAGACGGGUCAUCCAAGACAAAUAUGACUUCAUCAUUGCUGGAGGUGGUACAGCGGGCCUAGUCCUCGCAAAUCGACUGUCGGAAUGCCCAAACCAGAGAGUCCUUGUGCUCGAAGCAGGCCCCGAACCCACGGUUGUUGCGGCAUAUCAGUAUGCUGGAGGGAAUCAAUAUCUUUCUGGCACUGCGAUUGACUACAAUUACUAUACACUGCCGCAAGAACACCUGAACGAUCGAAUCCUUAACUACCAUCGUGGCCGGGGUCUUGGUGGGAGUUCAGUAACCAACGGUCUGUUCUAUGGAAGAGGCAGUGCCAGCGUGUUCGAUCGUUGGGUUGAUUUGGGUAAUCCCGGCUGGGGCUGGGAUGAUUUGUACCCCUUCAGCGUCAGGCAUACUCAUUUCAACCCACCAAAUCUGAAUGACAGCUUCGACCACCGGUAUCAAACUUGGGAUCCUCGUGCUUACUCUAAUGGCCCCCUGCAGAUUGGGUUUCAGGGUGAAGUACCUGCAUCAAACAUCGGUUUCAUUGAAGCAUGCGAAGCCAUCAAUGUUCCCAUAGUAGAUGAACUAAACAACGGCAAUAACACUGGCGUCAAGCAAGGGACGGGAUGCCUCGACCCCCAAUUCAGGCGUAGCUCCAGUUACGACAGCUUUUACCAACAAGCCCGGAAUCGCACGAAUCUUGAUGUCCUUCAUUAUGCCACGGUCAACUCGAUCCAGUUUGAACAAGGCGCCAAUGGAAGCACCAGGGCCACAGGCAUCUCCUUCACGGAUCAGCCUACCGCAUUGGUUCACACGGCGAACGCCACGAAGGAAGUCAUCCUCUCUAUGGGAGCAUUCAAUACCCCUCAACUUCUUAUGAUAUCGGGAAUUGGACCAGAGGGAGAGUUAAGUCGAAAUGGAAUCGCCGCGGUCCACAUCAACGAGAACGUUGGUCAACACAUCAUGGCCUUGGCUGACCCAGGGGCGUCCACCAGCUCCAUGGGCGCCACCGAAUCGUCACUCGCCGCAGCUCAGGAGCAAUACUUCGACCACCUUACCGGCCCAUACACCGAACCCUCUGGGAUCACCAAUGCUUUCCAGCAAUUAUCCAAUGCUACACUAGACUCUAUAGGUGCCCGUGCCAUCAUCGAGGCAGGACUAGUCAAUCAGUCACACGUGGAGUUUCUAUACGAAUCUCAAUACUACCCGGGUGGAUUGACCUUUUCAGGCGGCGUAGGCUCAAGCUCUGAACAAGCCUAUUAUGUUCCUCAAUCCAAUCUGUCCUAUAUCUCUCUCACAGCAUCUUCCCUCGUCGCCCUCAGCCGAGGGAAUGUCACCUUGAAAUCCAAAUCCAUGUCCGACGCGCCGAACAUUAACCCCAACUAUUAUUCUGACCCCACCGAUCGCGUCAUCGCCGUUAACGCUUUCAAAGAUCUGAGGAAACUUCUCGCGCACCCGGCUCUGUCACAGUACACCAUAGGUCCUAACCAUGGGGAAGUGUGCCCAGGCUUCGAUGAUGUUCCCGCGGACGCGGACGAUGACACGAUCUUUCAAUACGUGAUUGCCAACACCAUCCCCAACUGGCACGCGAGCGGAACAUGUCAAAUGCUUCCAGAGAGAGACGGUGGUGUCGUCGAUGCACGCUUGCGAGUGUAUGGAAUUCAGGGCCUCAGAGUAUGUGAUGUCAGCAUCGUCCCGCGAUUGCCUGAUGUCAACGUCCAGGGACCGGUCUUUAUGAUCGGGGAAAAAGGGGCUGAGAUAUUCAAGGAAGAUUGGAAUUUGCAAUGUUAA